AGGUCAUGGGUGCUACUCCAAAUCAUCCAAGUCAUCCACAUCAUUAGAUCAGUAGUGAAACAUGUUGAAACCUAUGGUGACUUGGGGAUCCCAAUUUUCCAGUGGCAAAAUGUGGAGAAAUCUUCCUGGAAUUCCAGGCAGCUCGGGCAUUAGAAGCGGCGCUGGUGAACCAGUUUGGCGAAUCAGCCCGCGGCACGGUGGAGGCCGAAGUGGGACGCUUUCUGCGCCGCGGGAUCCGUGGGCGUUGGUCAAAGAUACCAACUGCAUCGCCAUGAAACCACGAGGGCGAGCGUUUCGCUUCGUUCGCUGGCUUCCUCCUGUGGCGCUGGCGUUGAGCGUCGUCAAGAGCUCUAGCUCCGGCUGCGCGGCGCCUGGGCCACCAGGCCCGCUGGGUGCGGCCAGAGGUGUCGAACAGCCUCAAGGGUGGAAAGCUGUGGAGGUCUUCUGCAAGCGGCUGAAAGGUUUGAACCUCGAGGAGGGAAAGCAUUGGCACUACAUCGAUGCGGAAGACUUCAGCCCCAAGGGUGGUGCUGAGCUCCUUGAUGUCGUUGGGAUUCCCUUCGCUCCCCUGCCCCUCUUGGCUGUGCUGAACUCGAAGGGCGAACGAAGCCUGUUGCGCGCCGGACAGGAGCUGCUUCAAGCAGGCGACACGGAGUUGAGAUCCUGGUUUGAUGGCAGCUACAGCACGCCCGAAAAAGACACGUCCUACGGUCUGCUACUGGCACCCUGUCCGUAUCCAAAAAGUUUCAACGCUGCACAGCUGGACCUCAGGUCCCCCAGUCCCAUCAGCUUCCGAAGCUUACGCUGUGCAGAUGCCACCGUGGGCGUUGGUGUUGCCGGGGAGCUUGAUGAAGUCACUUCAGCUUUGCACGACUUUUCUCCUUUUGAGGAGGCAGCAUCCUCCGACGAUGAGGAGGACCCUAUUUGCCCCACGCCAUAUGGCAAGGGCCUGGUCGAUGUGUGCAUUGGGCGAGAGACGCUGCUGAACUACGAUGUCAACGAAAAGUACUCGCCCUCUUUGCACAGCCAGCUCAGUCAUGAGCAGGCCAUCACCAUUUGGCUCAUUCGAACGCUCUCGGCCAGUGACUUUGAGGGCAUGAUCGAGGCAAUGCGGCAGACGGUGUCCGAGAGGAGGUUCGAUAGCUACACCAGAUACCUGGCCACGCUGGGAGAGCAGUUUGGGGUCUUUGAGACCGGCCGACGACGGGACAACCUGCCGCGAUGCAUGCAAGGAGGAGGCGGUACAGGGGCAGCCACCAUCCCAGAGUCACACUUUGUCAUUGAGUCAUCGACUUCUGGAGAGUUUUCGGAGCACGUCACUGAGGCUUGGAACUGGCAGACAAUUGUUGGCAACGUUUUCUUCUGGGAGAACGGUCGAGUAGUGCAAGUAGUUCGGGCCUGCGACGGAAAGGUCUUGCGGGAGAUUGACACGGGGCAAAACUUUCGCCGAUGUUUCCAUCGCCUGGCCAAUGUGAAAAAGAAACUCUUUGUUUGCUUGAAUGAUUGCAUCAAGGUCUGGGACUACGACAGUUACAAGAAGCCCAUUGAGCUUCCCCCUGCGAGGACCCCGCAUUCCUUGGUGAGGGUCGGACGGCCUUUGGAGCUAUUGGUUCAUAGGCAAAGGCUGAUCCUGGUCGAGAGCAACUGCUGCUUGCUGUGGCACACGGAGACCCUGGAGUUCAUUUGCUGCAUCCAGCAUGAUGACACUGGGGCUGCCUUUGGAUGUCCUGUGGAGCGUCCUAGUCCUCAUGCUGAUGAUGUCACCGGAUCACAAUCACAUCGACCACAUUCCAUCUCUCAGGUCCAAUGGAUGGGUGACCUGCUGAUGACCUGGGGCCGUGGGAGCUUGAAGUCUUUGAAUGUCUGGACCUUGGACGGCGAAGCCAAAGCCUUUCUGAAAACUGACAGUGCCUUGGUGCAGGUGGAUGUUGCCCGGGUCACGUGGCAGUCGGUAUAUACCUUGGACCAUUUCAUUCUUUGUGCUUUGGAUUCGAGGUCGGUGGUCACAUUCUGGGACUCCAAAGAGAACUUCGCGGCGAUCUUUCGCUUCUAUUGUGGCUGCGAGGAACCCUUUGAUCUGGUUUUGACUCAGGACUUCAUGGUAGUCAUCAAUGACAACGUCUCAGCCAACCGUUUGGAUCUCUGCUUCUGGAAACUAUGGCUCCAUCCAGACUUCGAGGCUCCAAAUCAAUCUGCUGAGAGUCUGGACAUGACGAGGUCAGAAGCUCGACACCAACGUGAGGCUUCUGUGCGUCUCCGGCAACGGCCCGCGGGCGCUCACUUUUCUCCACAAGGUGGCCUCCCCUUUCCAGCAGCGACGGGACUAAUGGCUGGCUUGGACUUGGCAUCAGCAGCUGCGGCGCAGCUGAGUGGUGACAUGCUGCAGCGCUUUCUUCACAAGGAGCUACGACCCAAUUGUCGUCCCAUCAAAACGCUGAGCAUUCCAGACAUCGACACCUACUUCGCAUCUUACAGGAAUUUCCUGAACAUGUGCUCCUUCCACAAGUCGGGUCAGGAAUCCCUCAGCGUUUAUCGUUCCAGCUCCCUUCAGAAGAAGGCCUUUUUCCCACCCGCGAAGCACACGAAGUUUGAAGAGUGGUUGGCAUUGCAGGUCCACAACGAUGGCACAGUGGUUGUACAUGAUUUUCGACCCCAGCAGAUGGCAUUUGAUGAGUUGCUGGGAUCCCGCUGCGAAAAAGGAUCUCAGGCCGACACUGGGACACCCAAACAGACUGAGCAAAUGCCACAGCCUCGACAGCGGAGCUUUCCUGGAUGUGGACUGCGCCGGGCUCGACGUGCCUAGCUGCUCUUUCAGGUUGCCCAGAUUCUGAUCGCUUCACUGGUGAGAUGAGUGGCUGCCAGUCUUGCUCGAUGUGCAACGGAGCAAUAGAACCUGCAGGUAAGUAACAUUGCAC